AUGGAUUCCAAAAACUCGGAUAAAAGCGGAGAUGAGAUUGACUCGAGUAAGGAGGAAAGAGCUCCAGAUCAUGACAAAGAAGCAGCUGCUGAAGGUGAAAAUUAUGAUCCCUGGCCAACAACUUUGUCUUUCCUUUUACCUAAUAUCAAAGAAAAGACAGCGAAAAGAGACAGGUAUAAUAUAAAGACGAGUUACUCGUGAAAUAAUAGGGAAUUUAAUUCCUAAUAUGAAUGGAGGGACAGAGUUGGUUGUUUGUUCAGAAAGUUUAAAUUUGAAAAUUAGAAGAAUUUCUCGGAUGGGAAGGCAACUCUGUCCUACUUUCUCUUCUCAAAUUUCUGCACUCGUACUCCCAUGCAUAUCCUUGUAAUUGAGUAUCUUGUAAAAUAUCAACUGAUUAAUAAUGCAUAAUAUUGUGUAAUUGUAAUCAUACAUACAGUAGUCUAAAGAAGUCUUGAGUUUGUGUGUAUGGUUCGGUUAAAAUUAGUUGUCAUUUUUUAACACUAUGUUGCCUCCAACGAGUGAGCACAGAUCGUGAACUCUUUGGUUUGAGCAGGGUUAACAUUUGCUUGUUAGCCUGAUUUUGUUUUACAUAUAUGUGUAGUCUAUAGUUCAUUUUUGCCAGUAUUGUCAGUUUAAUAAAUUUUGUUUCUAGACAAACGCUUGAAACUUUCACAGCACACGUCACCAGAGCUUCUUUGAAUAUCAUAAAUGGGAAUUUUGAUGGCGCUGAAAAUAACUAUGCAGAUGCAUUGAAGCUUAUAUACCGGCGACAGAAUAACUCUGACCGCGUUAAGCAGUGCUUCCUGGGACUCGCCAAGAUCUAUGGACACCGGGCUAAGAAAGAAAAGAAUCUGGAAGAAAUAGUUAAUGCUGUUGGGUUGUUGAAUGGAGCUCUAAGAAGGUCCACAGACGACGAAGAAAAAGUGGCCAUCAUUGCUGAGCUUGAAGAGCUAGACAACCUCAGUCUUCAAAUAAUUCAUGGAUCCCAAUCACCAGGUUUAGGUACAAAACAUUCUGAUGAUAUGGAAAACAAGGCCCGUUUAGAAUCGUUGAGGUGUAAAUACAAAAUCCACAUGGAAAGUAUCGCCAUUUUAGAAGACGGAGUACAGCCCAUAGAAAGGAAUAGAACUGUAAACAUGGACGUGGAAGUCAAAUUUACAGUUGCUGUGGAAGAGCUUUACCGACUUAUUUCUGUAGAUAUGAAGGAAUUUAUGAAAAAAAUUCUUUGCCAGAGCAUAGAGAAAUUUGGAUCACCGCCAUGUGCCUUUGCUUUGGUCGGCCUUGGAUCUUUGGCCCGACAGGAAAUGACCCCUUUUUCCGAUUUUGAAUUUAUUUUUCUGAUUGAAACUGAUACUGAAGAAAUCCGAUCAUACUUUAGGAAGUUGACAUAUUAUAUGCAUAUUCGUGUACUAAAUCUUCAAGAAACUCUGAUACCAAGCCUCGGAUUGAAGCAUUUGAAUGACACAUAUAGAGAAAGCAAGAAGGAUAACUGGUUUUGGGAAGAAGGUCCUCGCGGAAUAUCUUUUGAUGGGGCAUUCUCAUUUGCCAGCAAAACCCCAUUGGGUCGAAAACCAACCAAACAGAAAAACUGGGCUGUUGAAUUUAUUAAAAGCCCAAAACAAAUGGCAGAAUUUCAAGAAGAAGAUGUGAUGCUGAAAGAGGGAUAUCAUGUUGCCAGUAUACUGAGACAGGUGGUCUUCGUGGCUGGUGAAGCGUCUUUGGCAAAGGAGUACAAGAAAGAAAUGGAUCUCAUACUUCAGGGCAAAUCAGAAAGUCAGGCUGAUAGCACACACGGUACCAUGAAAAUGAUACAAAAACAAACCCAGAAAAUGUUAGCAAAAGAUGUUGAAAAAUACGCUCCGGAGAAUGAUACCAUUAACAACGAAGGUAUGCUGUGGCAUGUAAAGAAGGAAAUAUAUAGAUUAACAAGUUUGAUAUUGGAUGCAACAUCUUGCUUAUACGACAUCAAGACCGAUUCUUCAUGGGAAAUUAUACAACAGAUGAAACUCAAAGGUUUGCUUGGUGAUCAGGCUGCCCACAAUCUUUCUCUUGCACUUAGCAUUGGAACGUAUUUGAGGUUAAAAGCGUACAUGAAUAACAAGUCACAGGCGGAGAAUAUCACUGUGCUUCCACGAAGGGAUGAUGCAACGCACCUUGGUGUUAAGCUAAUUGGAAAAAUCUUUCAUGUGAAGAAAAAAGGAUUAAUACUGCGUUUUCUUCAAAUUAGUAGUCCACUUGUACAAAUUGCCAAAGAUCUCUGUUUUAAAGAAGAUUUCUUGUCCCCACUUGUACCGUUGUCCAGUGCCUUGUGUGAUACAUCUGUUUACCAAAGUGCUGUUAUGCGUGUCAGACUUAUGGACUUAAAAGAAGCAGAGUAUUUACUAAAGAUAUGUGUGAACGAAAGGGAACAUAAUCCCGAGGCAGACGAAGAGGUACCCCUCUUUAUGGUUUACUUCCAGAUGGGACAUGUGGCAUCCAUGUUGGCUAAUUUUGAGGUGUCAGAUGAAUAUCACAAGAAAGCCCUCGAGGCAAGUCGGAAGUAUAGCCCUGAUAAUCCGGAAUACCAACCAGUUAUAGCUACUUUGGCUAACAUUUCUAGACAAUGCAGAAAAAAAGCCAAAUAUGAAGAAGCUUUGCAGUAUCUCAAAGAAGCACAGCGUAUUACAGAAACUUGGACAGAGGAACAAGUUCAACGAUUCUUUCCAGCUUUUGCGAUUAUCAAGGAAAAUCUUGGAUUAUUGUAUUGCGAAACAGGAAACCUUUCCGAAGGAAUUAAAAUGCUUGAAGAAGUCCUUGACGAAAACAGAACAACAGAGGAGGGUCCAGGUCUUCCAGAACUUAUCAGUAAUCUUGGAGCUGCCCAUUUGAAGCAAGGAAAUUUUGAAAAGGCUGAAACGUACAUGAUGGAAAGCCUAAAUAUGAUGACGGACUUGUAUGGCGUCUCUGUUUCACAUCCUGCAAUUUCAGAAAUUCUCAAUAAUCUUGGAAUUCUGUACAUUCUUAUCGGGGAAAUAGAAUCCGCCAUUUCUGUUUUGGAAGAAAACGCUGACAUGACAGAACAAUUAUUUGGUAAGGACACGGUCCACAGUGACAGGAUUUCAAGUUUGUACAACCUAGCAAAUGCUUAUUUUCAAAUUAGCUUAAUUCCACAAGCAUUGGCUUCUUAUGAAGAACUUCUGAUUCUUCGCCGGCAACUACUUGGAGAAGAUGCCAAACAUCCUGCUAUAGCUGGCAACCUGAACAACAUUGGAGCAUGCUACACCAAGUUUCAGGACUAUGACAAAGCAAUCUUCUAUUACAGCAUGGCUUUUGAAAUGAGGAAGCAAAUUUACGGGGAAGAUGUGGACCACCAUGAAAUCGCUGACUCGCAUUUCAACUUGGGUUGUGGCUAUUUUGAAAAAUUCUGGCUUGAUGAAGCUUUGAUGCAUUACAAGAUAGCACUGGAAAUGUUUAAAAAAGUGCACGGUGAAGCCUCUCGCCACCCUUACAUUUGUGAAACGCAUGAAAAUAUACGGCGAAUUUAUGAAGCAAUGGGAAACGAGAAAGCUGCAAAAUUUCAUGGUGAUGUGUUGAAUUCUAUACUGGUAGGAACAG